GACCUCACUGCCCACUUCCAAAAGGUGCUGAACGAAGUGGAGACCGCUCAGGACCAGGUGAAUGAAGCGGUGCGUGUGACCCUUGAGAAAAGUCUUGGUCAUCUCGAGAAACUACGGAGGUCGUCCUUGGGAUUUCUUGAUGCUGCUGUAACGAGCGUGUCGUCCUCGGCUGUCGCUUCGGCCCAGUCCACCGCCGCCCAGCUGAAGAAGGAGCUGAGGAAGGUCGCUAAGUCGUUGGAGGAGGGAUGAUGCAGGUCGAGGCCGCCGUUUCGUCACGAGGCUCAAGGUGUCCGCACCGCUACACUUACGUCGGCGGGAAGUGCCUCCUAGCCAUGCCCCUCGCGUCGGCGACCUGGGAAACCGCACGUGCCCUUUGCCUCAACGCAGACGGAGGCGACUUGGCUCUUCUACCUGACACCGGGUCCCUGGUAGCUGUCACGCCCUUCCUCUUCCCCGCGCCCACGACGUCGGCAUCGUAUUGGGUGGGCGGAAAGAGCCAAGCAGCUGCCGAAGACUGGACGUGGGUCGAUGGGUCCCCCGUCCGAGUGGAGAUGAGCGUGUUGCUGCCGCUGGAGGAGAGGGCCGUGGACGGGGGUGAGGAGUGUCUGGCGCUGGUGGAAGGGCGCAACGAGGCCUUACUUGUGGCCACGUCGUGCGGGGGAUCUCGAGGCGCCCUCUGCCAGUACCCUCCGCCUGUGCUCUACGCCGCUCGCGCUCCUGCUACGCCGCCCCGAUGGCUUUACGACACCAGCCCGCCCGUCAUCGCCUUCCACGAUAAUGCCUUUGAUCUCGAAGACCACGACUUUAGGAUCUCGGACGUAAUCUUUUAGGAGACAAUAAAAAAGGAAGAUACUUGCACUUAUACCUCUUAAUUAAUAAAUACAGACACAAAUGCAGUAACGUAUAUGCAACUGAGAAAGGAAACGCAGUCACAAUAGCACAACCAACCAAACAGAAACGUGACGUUCGACUCAUAUUAGCUCCUCUUCAGCCACCUCACUUUAUUAUUGUGGCUGUGUUUUGCUGUAUCUCGAAAUAUGUCUUAAUUCAUUAUAUUUUCAUCAAUGCAAUAUAAGGCCUGAGUUAUGGGUUUCCUCUCUCUAAGGAAAACAUCCGAGCGACAUGGAAUACAG